ACUACUAAUAUGACUAGAAGAGCGGGAAAUGAGAAAUUGCUACUUGUAGUUGCUAGCAGUUGAGCGAGUUAGCCUUGGACCUUCUUCGGUUUGCAUUUCUGACGUUAGUCUUUCACGGUUGCUUUAAUCACGAUGGAUCUGUCCGGGUACACGGAGAAAAACUGGGAGAAUUUCUACGUUGACGCUGAUGUUCCGGAAGUUUGCAAGAAGGAACCGUGCGUUCUAGGUGUUGACGAAGCUGGCAGAGGACCAGUGUUAGGUCCUAUGGUAUAUGGUAUAUGUUACUGUCCUGUUACUAAGCAUGAAGAUCUCAAAUCAGAGGGUGUUGCAGAUUCAAAAACACUAACAGAAGAACAAAGAGAAAAAAUCUUUGAUAAGAUUCAAGAAAACGGUGACUAUAUUGGAUGGUCUUUGGAAGUUAUAUCUCCUAUGUACAUAUCAACUUCAAUGUAUAAAAGACCAAAGGUGUCAUUAAAUGAAGUAUCACAUAAUGCGGCCAUCAGUCUGAUCAAGAGAGCAAUUGCUGCAGGAGUUAAGGUGUCAGAAGUGUAUGUCGAUACUGUUGGACCUCCUGAAAAGUAUGAGGCUAAGCUGCAAGAAAUUUUCCCUACUUUGAAAGUGUGUGUUGCCAAGAAAGCUGACGCUCUCUUUCCAUGUGUGUCAGGUGCUAGUAUUUGUGCGAAGGUUGCCCGAGACAGGGCUUUGAAGGGUUGGAGUUUUCCAGAAGAUAUUGAAAUUGAUAACUGGGGGAGUGGCUAUCCAGGAGAUGCAGUAACAAAGAAUUUCCUAAUGAAUUCAUUGGACCCAAUUUUUGGUUUUCCUGGACUUGUAAGAUUUUCUUGGUCUACAGCUGAAAAAAUUUUGGAGGAAAAAUGCAUUCCAGUUAUGUGGAAAGAUGAUGAGGAGGAGGAAGAGAAGAAAGAUGACACUCCAUCUGUGUUACAGUUUUUUGCUCGAAAACAAAAGGAAUCAAAUGAUGAUAAACCAACAGUUCCUCCACCACCAAAAAAGAAAAGAUACCACUAUUUCACCGAAAGAUGUUUGGCUCCAGUUACAAGCUUCUAAGUAAUAAUUUUUUGGGGUGAAUCUUUAGAGAAAAUCCUCCAUUUUAAUAUUUCAACUAGUGUUCAUAUGCCAUCCUUUAACUUUCAUUAAGUCUUAAACAGUACUAUACAAAAAUAUGAAGCAUACUCAUUGUGGUUGGCCAGCACUGUUGUUGAAGACAAACUUCAAAAUAUGACUAGUGAAAACCAGAAAAGAUAGAAAAAUAAUAUCAAGAAACACCAUAACUUGGGCUAGAUGACACCAGUUAGGUAUUCCUAUUUGCCAAAGCGUUCUAUCAUCAACCUGGUAUUACAGCUGUAGUGACAGGAGAGAUUCAAUCCUUGUACAAUAAAUUAUAUAUAUAGAAAAAGUGUAACUAUUUUUAACUGAAUUAAAUGUUAGCAUAAAAAGGUAAAUGAAUUAAUUAUGAAGC